CACCAGCCCGAGCACAUCGAGGCGCGCUCGGACCUCUGCCUGCACCCCAGCCAGCAUCGAGAGGUCCAGCGCUGACGGUGUUACCGCCACCACCACUGCCCUGUCUCCCUAUCUCUCCGUCCAUCACCAUGUCCUCCACCCCAUCAUCUGCAACGCGUCGCCCUGCGCCCACGACGAGCACCACCAAUCCUUCUACGCUAGACGCCUUCGCGGCCAGCAAAUCUGUCCCUCUACCAUACAGCAUCGCAGCCGUCUCAUCCUAUUCAGGUACCUAUGAACCCUCCAACAUCCUCACGGAUAAGCCGCACGACCUCUCAUCGCGCUGGUCCGGGGCGAGCGUAGCCGCAGUCGCUUCUUCCUCUGCCACGACUUCUGCUGGAGGAGUGGCCGGAGCAGCAGCGGCGGCGGCAGCGGGAAGCAGUAGAUCGGCAAAUGUCCCAGCUGCGACGGUAGGUGGAGGAGCAGGGGGAGCGGGGAAUGGGAAGCAGUACAUUAUCCUCAAGCUAUCCCAGCUCGCAGUAGCAAAAUCCAUUCUCUUCGGCAAAUUCCACAAGGCUCACCCUUGCAACCUUCGCGACUUCAAAGUGUACGGCGGCCCUUCUCCCGACCCUAACUCGGGGCUGUGGAUGCGAUUGCUGAGGGCGGGGUUAAGGAAUGACGCGCAGCCCGAGGAGUUUGCGCUCAAGUGGUGUGAUGCAGAUGGGAUGCCUGUGCCCAUUCGCUACAUCAAAGUCGUCCCUCUAGCAGCGCACAGCCCCAACUACAACUUCUCCGUAUGGCACAUCGCCCUCAAGGGGGUAUGCGACAAAGCUUUGGUUAGUCGCGCCUCGCUGGAGUACGACGAGCAUCGCGAGAGUUCGACGAUGCGACUCAUGCUCAAGCAUCUCCGCUCGAGGGGACAUCAUGCCGCUUUUGAGGCAUUGCUCAAGAGUAGCAAGCUCGACGCACCUCCGCUGGACGCGCACCAGAGGGAGCCAACUCCAUCUCUGACGUCGUCCUCGUCGGGCUUGGACCAUCAGCGUCCAACGCAGCGUCCCUUUGAGCACCCCAUCGUGACCCAACUCUUCCAAUCCAUCAUGAAGGGAGACUGGGAUGCCGCCGAACGCUGCCUCGACAUCUCUGCCGGCCAGGAAUCUGCCUCCUCAGCCAACCUGAAUCUCUUCGCACGCCAUGUCUCGAAGCAUGCUCACUCCGCUCACUGGCAGCGCAUCAACGCAACAGACGCCGAUGGGGAUAUACCCUCUCCUCGUGGCGGGCAUCAGCUAAUCGUAGAUUCUGCGAGGGGCACCGCGUACCUCUUUGGAGGCUGGGAUGGGGCCAAUGAUCUCUGUGAUCUGUGGAUCUACUAUAUGGCGGAGAGCCGUUGGAGGAGGAUCAGUGCGGAUACGAGAGAGCAAGGGGGCCCAGGACCAAGGAGCUGCCACAAGAUGGCGUUGAGUUCGAGGAGUGGUCUAUUGUAUGUCCUGGGCAGGUACGUCGACUAUUCCGGUGGGCCAACGAGCUCCAGCUCGACGACAGCGGGUCCGACAACAGCGGGAGCAGCGUCAUCGUCGUCGUCAUCAUCGGCGGGCAAUGCGAACAUCCCUCAUCGUCUGCGAGCAGGGCGAUACGACACCAGGCGAGACGCUCCUGCCACGAGCAGCACCAGCGGCACCGUCCCUGGCUCCUCACCCGACCCCAAUGGCUCCAACUCCGCCUCACCGAAUCCAACACACCCACCCGCAGCAGCAGCUCCUCCUUCCUCGUCUCCGCGCCCGACUUCCCUCCAACCCUCCGCGACAACGAGCAACACCUCCCCACGCAACACGUCUCCCUAUCCGACCUAUCAAUCCGACUUCUACCGCUUCUCCACCCGCUCAGAGCGCUGGGAUCUACUGUCCCGUGACACUGCUGCCGAUUGCGGGCCUAAACUCAUCUUCGACCAUCAAAUGCUAGUGGACGACGAGUCUCAAAUGCUCUACGUCUUUGGAGGUCGAGUCGCGCAUUGGGACCCUGCACACUUUGAGCUGAGCGGGCUCUGGAAGUGGGACUGUAUUCAGAGGACGUGGCAUUUCGUUUUCGACGACGAGACGCGACUCGGGGACAAGAUUCUGAGUCGAGCGGGGCAUAGCAUGUUGCUGGACACGGUCAAGCGACAAUUGUGGGUUCUAGCCGGGCAGAGAGGAGAGACGUACCUUGCAGACAUGCACGUGUACGACUUGACCACUAAAGCGGUCCGCGAGAUCUCGCACGACUAUAGCCAAGGGGGCAAAGGGCCUGAGGGAGGCUUUACGCAGCGCGCCACCAUCGACUCGGGGAAAAGAGAGAUCUACCUGUUUUCCGGAUUGGUCAGGCGCAGUAGAUGUAGCGAUGAAAGAGUCAAAAGCGCGUUCUGGCAGUAUAGAAUGGAGGAGGAUGAGUGGCGAGUGGUGUGGAGGGGCCAGGGUAGCGCGAUUGCUGGUGGUGGCUCACAAGGCGGAGCGAGUAGCGGAGGAGACGUUGAGAUGGACCUCAGCGAGAUCGACGACGACGAGGACCCCGAUGGCGACUCGACCGCUACUCCAGGUCUGCUCAGCGCGACACGCAAGAAAGCCAAGGCGACAGCGGCAGCCGCCGCUGCCCUAGCAGCAUCGGAGCCACGCCCGCGGUACGCAUCCGAGAUGGUGUACGAUCCACGAACAGAGACCUUCCUCCUCUUCGGUGGCAAUCCCGCCGACCCAUCCGCCAUGCCUGCACGUUUGGACGAUCUCUGGUCCCUCAAGCUUAUCCGCCCUGGGGUGUGCGAGGCACUACGACGGGCCAAGUUCACCUUGAGGCAGCAGAGGUUCAAGGAGAUGACCGCUCUGGGAGCAAGGGCUGCAGGCGGCGAUGGACUGGCGGCGAUGGAGGCGCUGAUGUACUUGCAGACGCAGGUGGCUGAGGUGGUGGACCAUGACAAGGCGCACGAGAGUAGGACCUUCCGGAAGCUCGUCGCUGGGCUACUUCAGCACAACGAGGGCGGCACGGAUGCUAACAUGGCGAGCCUUGGAGAUGACGGCGACGCAACGGUCACCCGCUCUAGCAGCACAUCGGACCCACUCAACAGUCCUAUCUCCUCGGACGGCCUCCCCUCAAUGGACACGGACACGGGCGACAUGGAUGACGAGAUGCUCUCUAUUUCUCAGACUCUUCCUCCGCGAGCUCAACAUGCUGCUCGUCGUCAUCCCGACUUGAGUCGGCUGCGUCCCUUGGAGGCAGGGCAGCGUGCCCCUGCCUUAUACGCGCAACGUCUUGAGCUCUUCAGGGAGCUGCUCCGCUUCUACCCGCCCGAGGCUAUCGAGCCCAGCGAUGACGUUGGUCUGGCGGUGAGUGCCGCGCUUGUCAGAGGGGCGAAUCGUCGAUAGGCUCAAGCGAUUGAUUGUUGGAAGAGGUAGAUCAAUGGCAUGUGAUUCAUGAGC